AUGCUUUCUACUGUUUUAAUUCAAUUAGGUGAUUGUAGUGGCUAUAAAAUGUUAUGGAGCUUGUUCACAAAGUUAUAUCUCGGUGUUCCAAAUUAUGUGAAAAUGCAAAUAACAUUAAAUGAGCAUUACACUGCACAACCGAACCCCAUGCAAUUAUCUGUAAUUCUAAUGCCCAUGAGAAUUUCCGUAAAUUUCCCUACUCGUCUUGACAUUCAAAGUCUGACUUUAAGUGAUCAAUAA